AUGACUGUUGUUACGCAUGCGCCUUGUUGCCUACCUUCUGUCCACGCAGAGCUUUGCGAGGAGAGGUUGUGUUUUCUUUAUUUCCGCGAUUUUGAUUCUCUCUCACUGACUGAGGCUCAGCAGGUCCAGCAGUCCGCUGAGGAAAAACAUCAAGAAGAGGAACCACCAAAUGAAAAUCAGGGUAUUGCACCUAGUGGGGAGAUUGAAAAUGAAGGAGCACCUGCUGUUCAAGGGCCUGACGUGGAAGCUUUUCAACAGGAGCUGGCUCUGCUUAAGAUAGAGGAUGAGCCUGGAGAUGGUCCUGAUGUCAGGGAGGGGACUCUGCCCACUUUUGAUCCUAUAAAGUGCUGGAAGCAGGUGAUGGGCAGCCUUAGGUUUAAACCAAGACAAAUGAAGACUGAAACCAAGAAUGUUGUUCUUAUGCUGGAAAUUUGACUGCUAAGAUUCUCUUAAUAAAGUUUUACAGUUUUCUGCAAA